AAGCGGGAAGACGCCAUAAAACCCUUGUGGAAACAAACAUAAAUUAACUAACUCUUUAACCACGAAAGCAAUGGAAAGCAGCUCAACGGCAACGGAAACGGCGAGACACACUUGCCUCAAGCUCGAAAUUCCAAACACCGGUCCCCUCUUCGUAAAAGGCACGUGGUUCGAUACACACUUCGAUCUCUCCGUCACCGACGGCCUCCGCGCUUGGGUCUGCAACGCGACGGAGGAGGAGGUGCAGGAAAGAGCGGCUCAGUGGGACCACCCGGUCGCUAAGUAUAUUGAGUUAGCCGAACGGUAUUUAGGGUUUCAACAGCCCGGUUCAGUCUACCGGUUCGUGGACGCCGGCGAUGAUCACAAAAGACUUUCAUGGACUUUCGAAAAGGAAGGAACUAAGCUUGAAUGGCGAUGGAAAUUCCAGCCAUCGCCUGAUAGCAGAAAGAUUACUGCAGGAAUUUUGGAAUUUCUUAUGGAUGCAAACAUUAAUCUAAGUGAAGAAGUGGUUAGGAAAACUCAAUCUUUUGAGAAGCUAAAAGUGGAAGCAGAGAAAUGUUUAGAACAAAGUGAGAGGCAUACCAAUGACAAGAUGGAAUUUGAAUCCGGAAUCUAUGCAAAGUUCCUUGGGGUGUUGAAUUCGAAGAAGGCAAAACUCAGGGAGCAUCGAGAUCAGCUCUCGAAACAAGAAAUCGAGGGAAAAGCUUCGGUGGAUGAGGAAGAAUGUAGUGAGAAAACAGAGAGCUAUGAUAGUGGAAGUGAUGGUAAGGAAAGUGAAGAAGAAGCUGCAAAGAACAUGACAAGCACAUCAAAGGAUAUUCGGGCAGGCAGAGGUCGGGGUCGAAAGAGAUCUACACGCAAGUAGCGUGUAGUUGAGCAUGUUAUAACCCAAUGGUAUGCCCUCUCCCUUUUUCUUUUUUGUUUCUUAGCCUCGAAUGGGAAUAUCUGUAGAUUCUUUAACAUCUAUACCAUGUUAACAGAAGUCCAGAUCUCCUUCUUUAUGAGAAACAGAAUUUUGUGUAUUUUUUUUAAAGUAAUUAUGUCAAAACCCGAUGGCUCUUUUCGUGCA